CCCGCCGGUUCAAGUUUUUUUUUUCCGCAACUUUCCUCCACCCCGCGCCGGUCCACCACCGUCUCUCCGGUUCUGUGUCGGACGCAACUUCAACAUACUCGAAAGGAGCUCAGAUCCCUUAAUUCUCGUGCCGAAGAAUGCUGCAAAUGAGGUUUUGAUUUGAACUUAUUUGAGAAGAUGAGUAACUUGGUUGAGAGGCUCCGGGUUAGAUCAGAACGAAAGUCAGUUUACAAUUUGGAUGAAUCAGAUGAUGAUGCAGAUUUUGUGCCUGGAAGAUCUCGUAAAACUGACGAGAACUUAGAAAAGAUAGUCAGGGAUGAUGCGAAUGAAAAUUCAUGUCAAGCCUGUGGAGAAACCAAGAAUCUCUUGAGUUGUGCAACAUGUACUUAUGCAUACCAUCAAAAGUGCUUACUUCCUCCACUGAAAACUCCUCCUCUUCAUGACAACUGGAGAUGCCCUGAAUGUGUUAGCUCUCUGAAUGAUCUUGACAAGAUAUUGGAUUGCGAAAUGCGUCCUACCGUGGUUGAUGAUAAUGAUGCUUCCAGUACAGGUUCAAAGCAAAUAUUUGUGAAACAGUAUCUUGUAAAGUGGAAGGGAUUAUCCUAUUUGCAUUGCACUUGGGUACCUGAGGAGGAGAUUCUAAAAGCUUUCAAGUCCAAUCCUCAUUUAAGGACUAAGCUGAACAACUUUCAUCGACAAAUGGAAUCAAAGAAUAAAUCCGAAGAUGACUUUGUUGCCAUUAGACCUGAGUGGACUACAGUUGAUCGAAUUCUUGCUUGCAGGGGAGAUGAGGAUGAGAAGGAAUACCUUGUUAAGUAUAAAGAACUUCUUUAUGAUGAAUGUUAUUGGGAGUUCGAGUCAGAUAUAUCUGCAUUUCAACCUGAAAUUGAGAGAUUCAAUAAAAUUAGGUCCAGAGCUCAUAAAUCUGCUAGUAAGAAGAAAAACAGCUUUCAAGAUGCUGUUGAGUCCAAGAAAAAAUCAAAGGAAUUUCAGCAGUAUGAACAUAGUCCUGAGUUUCUUUCUGGAGGCACAUUGCACCCUUUCCAACUUGAAGGGUUGAACUUCUUGCGUUUUUCUUGGUCCAAUCAAACACAUGUAAUUCUUGCUGAUGAAAUGGGCCUUGGUAAAACCAUCCAGAGUAUUGCUUUUUUAGCAUCUCUUUUUGAAAAAAAGAUUGCUCCUCAUUUGAUAGUAGCGCCACUUUCCACAUUACGGAACUGGGAACGGGAGUUUGCAACAUGGGCUCCCCAUAUGAAUGUUGUUAUGUAUGUAGGUUCUGCCCAAGCUCGUAGAGUGAUAAGGGAGUAUGAGUUUUAUCAUCCUAAAAAAAGUCAUAAGAAGAUAAAGAAAAAGAAAUCUGGCCAAGUUGUUAGUGAAAGCAAGCAAGACAGGAUAAAAUUUGAUGUUCUUUUAACGUCAUAUGAGAUGAUUAACUUGGAUACAACAUCGUUGAAGCCAAUAAAAUGGGAAUGCAUGAUCGUUGAUGAAGGACAUCGGCUCAAGAAUAAGGAUUCAAAGUUGUUUCUUUCAUUGAAGAAGUAUACGACUUACCACCGCACUCUUUUGACUGGAACUCCUCUUCAGAACAAUCUGGAUGAACUUUUCAUGCUAAUGCACUUUCUUGAUGCUGGAAAGUUUGGAAGUUUAGAGGAGUUACAGGAGGAAUUUAAGGAUAUUAGUCAGGAGGAGCAGAUUUCAAGGCUUCAUAAAAUGUUGGCUCCACAUCUCCUUAGAAGAGUGAAGAAGGAUGUCAUGAAGAAACUUCCUCCAAAAAAAGAACUAAUUUUACGUGUUGAUUUAAGUAGCAAGCAGAAAGAAUAUUACAAGGCUAUUUUGACUCGUAAUUAUCAAAUACUUACCCGACGAGGUGGUGCACAAAUAUCUCUAAACAAUGUGGUUAUGGAGUUGCGGAAGCUAUGCUGUCAUCCUUAUAUGUUGGAAGGUGUUGAACCAGUAAUUCAAGAUGCAAAUGAAGCUCACAAACAGUUCCUCGAAUCUUCUGGGAAAUUGCAACUGCUGGACAAGAUGAUGAUAAAGCUUAAAGAGCAGGGGCAUAGAGUUCUUAUAUAUUCACAAUUCCAGCACAUGUUGGACUUAUUGGAGGAUUACUGUACUUGCAUGAAUUGGCAAUAUGAACGUAUAGAUGGAAAGGUUGGUGGAGCUGAGAGGCAGAUAUGCAUAGAUCGGUUUAAUGCCAAAAAUUCUUCUCGGUUUUGCUUUUUGCUUUCUACUAGAGCUGGUGGCUUGGGUAUAAAUCUUGCGACUGCAGAUACGGUUAUCAUUUAUGAUAGUGAUUGGAAUCCUCAUGCUGAUUUACAAGCAAUGGCUAGAGCUCAUCGACUCGGCCAAACGAAUAAGGUCAUGAUUUAUCGGCUCAUAACUAGAGGAUCCAUUGAAGAAAGGAUGAUGCAGCUGACAAAGAAGAAAAUGGUUUUGGAGCAUCUUGUUGUCGGGAGGCUAAAGGCUCAAAAUAUUAAUCAGGAGGAGUUAGAUGACAUCAUCAGAUAUGGCUCAAAGGAACUAUUUGCUGAUGAAAAUGAUGAAGCAGGAAAGUCCCGCCAAAUUCAUUAUGAUGCUGCUGCUAUUGAUAGAUUACUUGAUCGUGAACAAGUUGGUGAUGAAGAGGCUGCACUGGAUGAUGAAGAGGAAGAUGGAUUUUUGAAGGCGUUCAAGGUAGCUAAUUUUGAAUAUAAAGAAGAAGAAGAAACUGUUGCAGAGGAAGAAGCUCAAAAAGUGGCCAUGGAGAAUAAAAAUACUCUGAACAAUUCUGAAAGAACCAGUUACUGGGAUGAGUUGUUACGAGACAGAUACGAAGUUCAAAAAGUUGAGGAGUUCAAUUCUCUAGGAAAAGGCAAGAGAAGCCGUAAGCAGAUGGUAUCCAUUGAAGAUGAUGACCUUGCUGGUUUGGAAGAUGUAAGCACUGAUGGAGAGGAUGAUAACUUUGAACCUGAACUGACCGAUGGUAAUACAACUUCAUCUGGAACAACUUCAUCUGAAUUUGAAUCUGAAACCGAAUCUGGUAAAAGGACUUACAAGAAGAGAAAUCGUGCCGAUAGUACGGAGCCAAUUCCUCUAAUGGAAGGUGAGGGAAAGUCAUUUAUGGUGCUUGGUUUCAAUCAGAGUCAGAGGGCUGCAUUUGUACAGAUAUUGAUGAGGUUUGGGGUCGGGGACUUUGACUGGAAGGAGUUUGCAUCUAGUUUAAAACAGAAGUCUUAUGAAGAAAUAAAAGAUUAUGGUGUUCUUUUCUUGUCACAUCUUGCUGAAGGUGUAAACGAUUCUCCAACAUUUUCAGAUGGUAUUCCCAAAGAAGGUCUCAGAAUUCCAGAUGUACUAGUUAGGAUAGCUAUUCUGCUUUCAAUAAGUGACAAGGUGAAGAAAGUAUCAGAACGGCCUGGCACCCCUCUUUUUACCAAUGAUAUUAUCAGGCGCUAUCCAGCAUUGAAGGGCGGGAAAUUUUGGAAAGAAGAACAUGAUUUGUUGUUACUGAGUGCUGUUCUAAAGCAUGGGUAUGGAAGAUGGCAGGCUAUUGUUGAUGAUAAAGACCCGAGUAUUCAGGAGCUCAUUUGUCAAGAAUUGAAUCUUCCCAUUAUAAAUCUUCCUGUUCCAGGGCAAGCUGGUUCUCAAGUGCAGUAUGGAGUUAAUGCAAGUAACGCGGAAUCUAGUGGAAACCAGAUUCGAGUAAAUGACUCAGGGAAUGGCGUAGGAGGUGGGAUAAACCAGGGAGUUACUGGUGCAGCGAACCAAACGCAAUCGUACCCGGAUUCUUCCAUUUUGUAUCAUUUUAGAGAGAUGCAGAAAAAGCAGGUUGAAUAUGUCAGGAAAAGGGUGCUUCUUUUGGAAAAAGGGCUCAAUGCUGAAACUCAGAAAGAAUACUAUGGUGAACCAAACACAAAUGAGGGGACAAAUGAAGAACCAGAGGGUGGACAAAGGGCUGCUGACAUUCCAAGUGCAAGCUCAAGAGAGAUGCCCUCCAUAGUGGUUGAGCAGAUGCCUCCAAUAGAAGUAGUUGCACCAGCAGAAAUUUCUGCAGCUGCUUGCGAUGAUGACACAGACCGACUAGCAUUGCCUCGACGUUUCAACGAGAUAUGCAAGAUCUUGGAGGACAAUCCUGAUGAGAAUCAAGCAAGCCUUGAUUUGAAGAAGAACCUCCAUUCUUUGGAAGAAACUUGUGGGGACAUAUCUCAGAUUCUUUCACCGAACCAACAGCCUGCCACAGGGAUUCAAGUUGGGAUGGAGAAUGAAGAUGGCAGUAUGGAUACCGAAACUGAAAGUCAAAGCAGCAGCCGAAACUGAAAUGGAAAGCACCGAGAAAGUCGAAGCAGCAGCCGGCGUUAUCGUGUCGGAUGAUUAACAGGCAUUGCUCUUUAAUUGUCCAGUUAGACUAGGCAUUUACUAAUCCGUUUUGAGAUAUUUGGGGAACCCACAGGAUUUAGGUAAUUAGUCGCAGGUAAAAGCUUUAGAUUUGCUGCAUUUGCUGAACUGAUGAAUGCGU